CAUAUGCUUCAUAAAUAAGUAUGCAUACUUACACUGCUAUAAUAUCAUAUAUAUUGCCAAAAUUAUCAUUUCUCUUUUACAGUUAUCAUCUUUGUAUGUAGAUGUAGAUAAUCAAAUGGUACACGCAUACACAUGGUAAACAGAUGAAUAUUGCACAUAUAGUAUCUAGAUUUAUUAUAAUUGUGAAGAUAAAAGAAUAAAAAAAGGAAACUAAGAAAAGAAGAUAUAUUUGAAAUUUUUUUGAGAAAGGCAAUAUGCAACAAAACCUAGCACACGUUUCAUCUUUGAUCAAAAAAAGAACAACAAAGUAUCCACCGCCAUGUAAAAUCGUAAACAACAUAAUAAUCGGUGAUGAAGCACCGCUUUUUACGGAUUGCAACAGUUUUGGUGAACUGCUUUUCGAGAAAUUGAAAAAUAAUCCGCAUGUCAUAGGACAGAUAGACUCGGUUACGGACAAGCGGAUAACUUUUUCUGAGAUUAAGGACCGUAGUGUCAGAUGCGCAUUAUGGUUGAAAAAUCGUGGAAUACGCAGCGGAGAUAUCAUCGGCGUUUCCACUCAUUUUGAUUAUACAGCACCUUUGCUCGGCUGCCUCUUCAUCUGCGCUCAUUUUUAUCCCAUUCAUCACAAAAUCAGUAUUCAUGACUGCCGCUUCUUGCUGUCUCUGGCGAAACCCAAAAUUGUCUUCGUGAAUGCGGAUAUGGUAGAAAUUAUGGCGAAGGCUGCGAAGGAAGAAAAUUUAACUAUUGAAUUUGUGACUUUCGGACAUGCAAAAGGAUUUCAAAGUUUCCAGGAAAUUAUUCAGAAAGAACAAGAUGUGAUCGAUGAUUUUCGUUGCACACCAAUCUCCAGUUUGGAGGAGACCGCUCUGCUCACUUUGUCAUCCGGAAGUGUCGGGCAGCCUAAAGUAGUAAUGUUGUCACAUCGCGCCUUGAUUAACAAUAUGCUUAAUGACACCAUGUACGCCACAGAGAGUCAAAAAGUGGUAAUGUGGUUCGCAACUUUGCGUUGGAUUACUGGUAUUAUAAUGGUUCUUCGGUCGAUCUAUUUUUGCAAAACACAAAUUAUUACUGGGAUAUUCGACGCUGAACAAACGUGUAAAAUGAUCAAGAAGUAUAAUGUAGAGUGGUUUGCUAUUUCAUCCGGGAUGUUUGCAACCAUCGUAAAAAAUAAUCUUUUUCAAAAGUAUUGUUUAUCGUCCUUAAAGAAGAUAUGUGUAGGUGGUGCAGCUAUAAGAUCGCAAUUGUUAGAAACGGUGAUGAAAGCUUUGCCGUAUACAGAAAUUAUACACGUUUUAGGAAUGUGCGAGCUUAGUGGAACUGUUGCUACUCAGAGAGAAGGCGACAAGUUAGGUUCUGUCGGUUAUGUGCUUAAAAAUGUACAACUAAAAGUAAUUGACAUCGAUACUGGGAAUACAUUAGGUCCAAACAAAGUUGGCGAACUUCUAUGGAAGUCGCCUUACAUGCUGACAGGAUACUAUAAUAAUCCUGAAGCUACCAAAGAAACUUUAACCAAUGAUGGUUGGUUGCGCAGCGGUGAUUUGGGUUAUUACGACGAGGAUGGUGAACUUUAUAUUUGCGAUAGAAUCACAGAAACUAUUAGAGUCGAUGGAUUCAUGGUUUAUCCGACUGAAAUCGAAAACAUUCUCCAAGAUCAUCCAGCUAUUCGCGAAGUUGCCGUAGUGCGCAUACGUGACGACAUCAAUGAAGAACGCCCGAUCGCUUUCGUGUCAAAAUUUCCUGACGUAGAGGUAACAAUAGAGGAGUUGAUAAAAUUAGUAGCGGAUAAUUUAGAGGAUUAUAAGCAUCUUCGUGGUGGUGUGCAAUUCCUGGACGAACUUCCGCAUACAGAUACCGGCAAAAUUGCAAGAAAGCAACUUAGAGAAUUAGCAAAAUGCUUUGUAUCUAAUUAUGUUACCGCCUAAUUAUGUUACUGUCAAAUAUAAAAUAAUUAAUUUACUAUUGGUA